AUGUCUCACGAUCACCACCACACACGCAUUAACAAGGAGCCUUACAGAGGAGGAGGAACGGCCAGCCCUAGCCCUUCCGAACCGUCUGAGCUUUUAAACGCUCUCACAGUCGUUGGUCUCAAAACUAUAAAGCACCGAGAAGAAACGCAACCCCAACACAGUGAAUCUAUUCAUGAAAAGCAUCAUGAUCCUCAAUAUCAUCUCAUUCCUUGUUCCUUAGUGAAAAUUGAAAAAGGAGUGUUUUUUCCUCUUAUUUUACCCAAACUCUUGGGAGAGGAUGAAGGCUUGAUGAAAUGGCUCCAGCACUAUCAAACAGAAAUCAAACCUCCAAAGUUGUUGAGUCCCAAUGAAUUGAUGGAAACGAUGGAAACAUUGGAACAAUAUUUGAAAUCACAUCAUGAAUGGCAGUCCAAAUACCCUCAUACUGCAUCCACCCGUUUACCAGACGAUGCUUUUGCACAAUUAGACAAGUAUUGUAUGCGUAUGAUGAAUCUCAUCACCUCAAGAAUAUUGGGAAGGAGGAACGAAGAGGAAGAAGAUAGUACAAACCGCUCUUCCUCAACAUCUUCCGUACAGAGCUGCACAUUUUCACUUCCAUCAGAAUGUAUGGAUCGAAAGAAUGAAAAGAAGCCUGUGAUGGAGUUGUACAAUAUUGUAUUUUCACUCUUUGAUGAUAGUAACAUUCCAUUCCUGAUUACGAACAAUGAACGAAGAGCAAUUGAGAACAAGAAAGAAUUAUCCACUAUAUCUCAAUUCCUUAAAGAAUUCGUUGAGAAUCAUGAUGAUCGCAUGGAACAGACUCUACAUGUUGAACUUUUACCAAGUAUGGUAGAAUUUAAACACUCGUGCAACAAGGAAAAACACUCGUUAAACAAUGUGCUGGAAGACAUACGACUGCAGUGGGUUCCUGGCUUAUUGGCCGAUUUAGAUCUCACCAUGACAAGAAACUUUAAAACUCCCACAAGUCAUGAGCGAGUUGGUUUUCUAUGUACAGAGUAUGCAAUUUCAGGGGAAUUUUCAAUGAGUAACAUUCUCCAAUGUGGAAAUUGGAUCAUUAUUCGUAAUGUUUGCAAUUUACCUUUAAAAUUGAUGGAAUUGAGUUCAAAUUGUGGAGCAGGAAUUUUGGCUGACAAAUCCAACAUGUUCAUCUACAAGGUGGUUAAAAGACCAAAACCGUUGUCAGAAUUUUCACCAAAAUUUGAAUGGACCUACUGUACACAUUUUGAUUUGAACUCUCUCGAACAACGGUGCAUGGCUUUUGCAGUGUUAUGGACAUUGUUGUUAGAUUUGAAAAAAGAAAAUAAGAGUAUUAACACAAGUUCUCAAAAGUAUCUCAAAGAUUUUGUUUCCAAAGCUGAAAAAUUAUUAAUGCAUCCCAAGACAAUGGCCUUAACAGGUCAUGGUGGUGAAAAACAACAACAACCUCUAAGAAAACUCACUGGAGAAAAAGUUCAACCGCUUGGCUCGGCUUCAGUGACUCCUUUGAAGAGUCAUGAGCAGCAACAGCAUACUGUGUGGCAUUUGGAUGAGCAUUUGAAAUCUGAACACAAGAAAAUGGUGGAUGAAAUGAGCUCUCCCAUCUACAAGAUGAUGCAUCAAAGAGAUGUAAAAGAACGAACAGAGAAGAUACUUAAGAAUUUAGACCUUGCCAAUCGGAAAAUGGAUUGCAACAAAGAUAUCGAGUUGUAA